AUGGCUCCCAAAGUAAUUAGUGUCGCUUGGGAUCACUUUACGGACAAAGGCCAACAAAUGGCCGAGUGUAAUAUAUGUAAAAUACAGUUCAGUUUUAAAAGUUCUGUAUCAAACCUUACAAAGCACCUUAAACGUAAACAUCCAUUCGUAAGUUUAGUUAGAAGGAACGAUGUUCCAGCUCCAGUGAUAGCAGCCCAGACCAACCAGCAAUCGUCAACCUCAAACCAACCUGCUGGAAUAGUUCAACAAUCUGAAGGUGAAGAACGUCCGUCCACUAACUUGGUGAAAACUACUGUUGCUUACUUUAAAAGAUCCGCUCAAGCCUGGGAAAAAUUAAAAAAAUACCAGGAACAGGCUGGAAAAUCUCCUAAAAGACCUCUACAAUGUGUAAGUACGCGGUGGAAUUCUACAUUCUACAUGUUGCAGAGGUUCGUAGAAUUAAAAGAAGAGGUUAAUAGUGCGCUCUCUAACUUAAACGCCAUUAGCAUCUCCCUAACUGCAGUUGAAUGGAAACUUUGUGAACACAUUUGCAACAUUUUAAAACCAUGUGAAGAAGUUACAAGGGAAGUAAGUGCUCAAAAAUAUAUAACAGGAAGUUUAGUGAUACCUAUAACGACAGGGUUAGUUAAAUCUUUAGAAAAUAUUAAUAGUAAUACAUACCUCGACACCGCCCAAAAACUACAACAAGACUUGCUGGCCGCUAUAAAAAAUAGAUUUAUACAUUUAGACAAAAGCGGCACAUUUACUACGUGUAUGUUCCUGGAUCCCAGAUUCAAAUUGUAUUUUGAAGAUCAGUAUGUAGCUGACACUACAAAACAAAGAAUUAUAGAAAUGAUUACAACAAUUAUAAAUAAAGAGGAUCGAAAUUAUCCCCAAAUUGAAAACGAAGAGCAGCAGCUAUCGGAUCAAGCAGCAAAUCCUCCACCUCAGCUUCAAAUUAAUUUAGUAUGGCAGCAUUAUGCCGAAAAAAUGAAAAAUAUACAACCCAAGGGCACGGCAACUUCUCGAGCAAUUUUAGAAGUGCAAAGAUAUUUGGACGAUAAAGUUGUGUUGCCGAGUGAGAAUAUAUCACCACUAGAGUGGUGGAAAAGGCGGAAGGAUGUAUACCCGCAUUUGUAUGCCCUAGCACUCAAGAAGUUAAAUGCAAUGGCCACGAGUGUCCCCUGUGAAAGAUUAUUUUCCUCCUGUGGAUUGUUACUUAAUGACAGGAGAACAAGGCUGGGGACUCGAAAAGUUCAACAAUUAAUGUUUUUAAAUCAAAAUUCAUAA